AAAACUUGUGACAUUCAGAUUGAUAUGACAAGACGAGUGGAUUACAAGACUUACAUCAUAGUCAGAUGUAUUGUUAAAAUGGGUUAACCAUAACAAGGAGAUGACGUCACAUAUCCCCAACUCCUCGAUGGGUGAGGAUAUUUGUUGUGCCGCAAUCGGCGAGGGAAAUAUUUUAUUUUCCUGUCUAAAAAUACUAGAAAAAGCAAACAUCAAAAUCACAGCAGUACUUACAGAAACUCAGUCCAUACGAAGUUACUGUGACGAAUCGUGCAUUCAGUGGUGGGAACGAAAGUCCAAUCUUGAAGAAAUUCUCAAGGAUAAACCUAUCCAUUAUCUGUUUAGUAUUUCAAAUCCGCGCAUCCUAAAGGAAAACGAGCUUCAACUUCCAAAGAUUUUGACAAUAAAUUAUCAUGACUCUCCUCUUCCAGCAUAUGCUGGUGUACAUGCAACAAGUUGGGCAAUCAUUAAUGGUGAAACCGAACACGGUGUUAGCUGGCAUAUUGUCGAAUCUGGAAUUGAUACUGGUGAUAUUCUUAAAUUCAGAAAAGUCAAUAUUGAUAACGAGGAAUCAGCUCUUGCUUUAAACCUGAAGUGCCAGGAGGCUGGAAUAAGUUGCUUCGAAGAACUCGUGAAUGACAUUAAAACAAACUCAGUUGUUCGCAAUCCCCAACCAAGAGAGGGGCGUUCUUACUUUGGGCUUCAUGCAAUACCACCAAACCUAGGAGUGUUGUCAUUUGAUCGAAAACCAAAGGACACAUUUAACCUUGCUCGAGCUCUAGAGUUUGGGCACCAUGAAAAUUCUCUUGGUUGUGCCAAGCUUUUAACCUCUACUGAAGAAUUUGUCGUGGUUACAACUGCAGAGGUGGCAUGCAGAUUUCCAACAGAGACCACUAAACCGGGUACAAUCCUUGAUAUUGUCGAUGACAGUCUCAUUGUUAGUACCUUAGGACAACCUCUUCUACUGUCGGUUGCAAAAUUGGACGGGUCCAGUAUUCCUCUAUGCAAUUUUAGAAAACACGGUUUAGUAACAGGACUCAGACUUGUCAGUGGUUUUUCGGUUGAUACUUCAUCUUUAUCCACAAUAAGGAAAAGAGAGACAUUUUGGAAACGGAAAUUGGACAGGUAUGAACCAACAGUUUUCUUCAAACAACGCAUGAAUGUUGUUGCAGGUAUUAUUGAUCUUUCCGAAGAAAUCCAUUUGGAAACAAAAUCGGUUAAACUUCCAUCGAUUGCAAAAGACGACGAUGAAUUCAUCAUGUCAACUCUUGUCGCCUUUAUUGGAAGAGUCUGCUGUACUUCGAGUGUCAAUGUUGGGUUAAUAGCCAAUAAAUUGCAAGUACCAAAGCACGUAGAGACGCUAUAUUCCGACAUUUGUCCUGCAAUUUUCCAGUUGAAUAUGGCAAGUCAAAUUUGUGAUGUCCUAAAUGCAUGCCAAGGAGAUUUGAAGAAAUAUGGUGACUCUUCGAGCUUUCUGAUUGAUGUUUUCCACAGAUAUCCUGAACUCCGUGAACGAAAGCAAACAUUGCAUCACAACAUAGUAAUUGGAAAAUCAGUUGAUUUGUUGUCGGACAUACUUGUAGGAAAGAAAGUUCUACAAGACUGCAACAUUCUACUUCUCUACUCUGUUGAAACAAAUGAAAUUUACAUUCAUUACAGCAAGAAACCUGGUCAAGAUCUUGGUUUCAUAUUUGACAUUUUUAAACACUUCCCAGUCUUCUUAAGCUCGAUCACAAAGAAAACAUCGCAAUUGUUGUGUGAUGUAUCUCUCGUACCGCAAGAAGAAUUGAAAGUACUAUACCCUCCUCCAACCGAAAACCAAAACCAACAAGCAAGUAUAUCUAUGAUUGAUAUUCUUGAGAACUGUGCUGAUCACUACAGUAGUAGGAUAGCCCUAAAGACAUCCACAAUGUCAUGUUCCUAUCAAAAGGUAAUGCAAAUGGUAGGAUGUUUUUCAGCACUUCUACGGGAAACUGCUUUGAACGGGCGAAAGAGAGUCAUAGGCUUACAUUUACCAAAUUCAAUUGCAUAUGUUGUGUCAGUUCUUUCCGUCUUAAAAUGCAAGCAUGUUUUUCUCCCACUCCCUUUAGACUAUCCGAAAGAACGUCUGAUCUUUACAGUAAACGAUUGUCGAGUUCAAACGAUUGUCACGACAAAGGAGAGGGUAGACAAACUGAAUAUUAAUGAACUGCGAGCAAAUCCUAAACUAGUCAAUGCUGGAACAAUUGACGGAGUUGACUUGUACAUUGUACAAUUUUCUGAGGUUAAUGAGUUUGAAAAAACGCAUUCUAUGCUUCUGCAGCAAAAAGACAACUUUGAGAAUCUUGCAUACAUUAUGUACACGUCAGGAUCAACUGGAAAACCAAAAGGUGUAAAAGUGAGAGAAAGUUCUGUAGUCAACCUUGCCAAAGCACAAAUACAGCUUUGGGAUUUAAAACCUCAGGACAUCAUAGGCCAAUUUGCUUCCAUUGGUUUUGAUGCCACUGUUUCAGAAAUAUUUACUGCUGUAUUUUCUGGAGCCAGUCUUGUAAUUUUCAAAGAGAAAGAACGACUAGGCCAGGAAUUUCUCUUAGCCAUGAAUAAACACAAAAUUUCAACGAUAACACUCCCACCGUCGUUACUGAAUGUUUACAGCCCAAAGGAUUUGCCUUAUUUGAAAAAAAUUGUGACGGCAGGAGAAGCUUGCACCCUGUCAACAGCGGUGAAAUGGGCUGAGAAAAAUGAAAGAAGGUUCUUUAAUGCAUACGGACCAACAGAAGCAACCGUUUGUGCUACUUGCUUUGAAUUUAUUCCAGAAAACAAGCACGAAGAUGUCAAUUGCGACCUAUCAAUAGGAACCUCUAUUCCAGGUGUUGACGUUUACCUGUUUGACGAUUACAUGAAACCUCUACCUCCUGGAGUAAUUGGGGAAAUUUAUAUUGGAGGACUUGGUCUUUCCGAAGGUUAUCAUGGUCAUGCAAGCCACCUGACAAAAGAAAGAUUUGUACAACAUCCCUUGAUAAAUUCUCCAACAACUCUCUACAAAACAGGGGAUCAUGGUUUGCAGGAUUCUGAUGGUAAUAUUACCUUUGUCGGGCGUUUGGACGACAUGUUGAAAAUUCGAGGUCAAAGAGUAGAUCUGAAUGAAAUCGAACAAGUGCUCAUUCAGCAUCCGAAGGUAGAUGUCGCUGUAGUUGUUCCUCAUAGAUGCAUUAACAACAACGAACUAUCAAUAGCUGCUUUCGUUUCACCAACUUUCAUCUUUUCUUCAGAGCUACGAGAAUAUCUUGUUAAGGUUUUGCCGAAAUUUAUGAUUCCAAAUUCCAUCAAAAAACUGGAUAUAUCUGAGUUUCCAAAAACAAUAAAUGGUAAACUGGACAGGAAAAAACUAGAAAAAGACGAAUCUAUUCAUGAACAAAAUCAAGCUGUUGGACACAGUCAUCUUAACGAAAUCCAGCUCCAGAUCGCACAAAUCUGGUGUACAGUUUUAAAAUUAAACCCUUCCUUUGCCUACUCACUACAUAGACAGAGUUCAUUUAGCGAAUUGGGGGGAAAUUCGCUUCAACUGGUACUUUUGCAGAGACAUUUAGAGGAUGCAUUUGGUCUACCACUUUCUUUUAGUGACAUUGGCUCUGCAGAUACAAUUGAGGAAUUUUCAGAUGUGGUUAAAAGAAAGAGAGAUGUUUUGAAGAAAAAUGAACAAAUUUAUUCACAAGAUGACGAAAGCCUCCGAAAUUUGAUUAUCGGUGAUUCUAACCUGACAAGAGAUCUAUUUCUAUCACAGGCAAGAAGAGGGUCUGUUGAUAUGCCACAUAUAUCAGCAACAAAUCCUAAAAGUUAUUUAAGAUAUCCGAAGAAUAUUCUUAUCUCAGGGGUUACAGGUUUCCUCGGUGCUUACUUGCUUUCUGAACUUCUGGAAAAAAGCAACGCUCAUAUUUGCUGCAUGGUUCGAGAAACGUCUGAAACAAGAGGAAUAGGGCGAAUAUUCGAAAAUUUACGCCGAUAUGACCUUUUCAAAUUUGAAUAUACCAAUCGAAUUGCUGUCGUCAUAUCUGAUUUGUCACAACCACGCUUGGGUAUAGCUCCAGAUAUUUACAAAUCCUUAUGCAAUUCCAUUGACGCUGUGUACAUGAAUGCUGCAAUGAUGAAUUUCAACACAGAUUACCAUGACCACAGGACAGCAAAUGUAUUAAGCACCAAAGAAUUCAUCAAGUUUGCAUUAACAGGAGUCCAGAAAAUGCUUUUUUCUACUUCAACCUUAGGAGUUUUUCUGUUUCCGCCUAAAUCAGCACCAGGAGAGCCAAACAACCAGAUCUUAUACGAGUGCGACGAAAUGGAGGACCCCAUUGAGAUUGCUGGAGGUUAUGGUCAAAGUAAAUGGGCAAGCGAACGACUUGUUAUGCAGGCCCUAGACUUAUUACCAGGAGGGGCUAUAUUUCGACCCGCUAGAAUAAGUGGCUGCACCCUUAACGGUUUUGGACCAAAGAAUGAUCUCUUUGCAUCUACACUCAUCGGAAUGAGGAAAUUGGGUUACUAUCCGGAUAUGGAUUUUCCAUACGAUUUAACACCUGUUGAUUAUGUAGCGAAAGCAAUUGUAGAAAUUUCGCUAAGAAUAUGUAACGACAGAGGAAAGAAUUAUGAACGUGUUUUCCAUCUUUUCAACAGGAAUACAAUGCCUUUCAACCGACUUUUUGAUGGAGAAAACAUCAAACCUUUGUCUUUGGAAGAAUGGAGAAAGGUGUUAAAGUCUGCUCCAGAAGACAAUAAAGAACUCAUCCCAUUGACUCCAUUCUUCUUCUCUUCGUUCUGGGACAGAUCGCCAUAUUGGCCUAUAUUUGACACCACAAAUACAGACUUUUUAAUCUCCAAUGAAACCAAACAGCUAUUGAGACCAAGUAAAGAACUCCUUUUAGUGUACAAAAAAUACUUUGGUAUGAUAAAUUAAUCAUCGGAAAACAAAUUGGAAAUAAAUAAUAAUGUUAUUAUUUUCUAA